AUGACUACGAAUAGUGAUCAAACUCAAAGUUUAGAAAUAUUAAAAUUACAAUUACGAAUUGAGAAGGAAAAAACAAAACAAAUACGAAUAAAAGAAAAAGAAGAAACAAAACGAAAAAAUAUCGAAGAAAAACAAGAAACCAAACGGAAAAAACUCGAAGAAAAAGAAGAAACCAGACGGAAAAAACUCGAAGAAAAAGAAGAAACGAAACGACAAAGAAUAACAGAAGAAUCAUUUAAUAAACGGAUGGGAUCAGAAUUUGCACUAUCAUCAUCAUCAAAGAAUAAGAAUUCGGCACCAGUGUCAAAUUCUACAUCAAUAAACGAAAGCACGACUAGUAGUUCAUCUUCCUCUACAUCUAAUUUUUCCGAUGAUUCGGAAGAGUAUUAG